CUCGUCUCGCUCGGCUUUCGCGUCCUCCCCGCCUCAUCCGCAUCCGGUCCCCGGUGUAGCGCGGCCGGAAGUGUAGGCCCCGGGAGCCGGAGGGAGCCGCCAUCAUGGGCGACAAAAUGGAUAUGUCUCUGGACGACAUUAUCAAGCUGAACCGGAGCCAGCGGGGCGGCGGCGGCCGAGCCGGCGGCGGCCGAGGUCGCGGAAGGGGAGCUGCGGGUCGAGGCGGCGGAGCCGGCCGAGGCGGAGCUGGGCGGGCAGGCGGGGGCGGCCCCGUCCGGAACAGAGGCGCCCUGUCCCGGGGAGGCGGCAGGAACAGGCCUGCGCCCUACAGCCGGCCAAAGCAACUCCCUGAAAAGUGGCAACACGAUCUCUUCGAGAGUGGCUUCGGUGCUGGGGCUGGUGUCGAGACAGGCGGGAAGCUGCUCGUCUCUAAUCUGGAUUUUGGAGUAUCGGAUGCAGAUAUACAGGAGCUUUUUGCAGAAUUUGGGACAUUGAAGAAGGCAGCAGUGCACUAUGACCGUUCUGGGCGUAGUCUAGGUACAGCAGAUGUCCAUUUUGAGAGAAAGGCAGAUGCACUGAAGGCUAUGAAACAGUACAACGGAGUUCCCCUGGAUGGACGUCCCAUGAACAUCCAGCUGGUUACAUCACAGAUAGAUACACAGAGGAGACCAAUACAGAGUGUAAAUAGAGGAGGCAUGACCAGAAACCGUGGUGGUUCGGGUGGCUUUGGCGGUGGCAGCAGACGAGGCAGCCGUGGCAACAGAGGCAGAGGUAGAGGUGCUGGCAGGAGUUCCAAACAGCAGCUCUCUGCAGAAGAAUUGGAUGCACAGUUGGAUGCUUACAAUGCCAGGAUGGACACCAGUUAAAGCUGUUGGCGCAUCUUGUGCAUGGGAAGGACUGCAGACAUCUCAUUCCAUGUUCCCCAGUGGGAGAAGAAGGGUGGAUGGCGGCAGCGGCUACUAAUAUCAAGAAUGGAAUUUGUUUUACUUUUAUGUUCUGGAAUAGGUUUCAAACUCAUGUAAAGUUUUCUUUCUCUCUUUUUUUUUAAUUCUGAGACAGAUCUGUUUUGUACCGAGUUAUUUUUGGGAAAAAUUUUACUGGUUGCCUGUUGGGCCAAGAUGGCUUUUUCACCUUGGCAGUAAUAAAAUAGAAAUGUGUCUAGA